GAGCGAGCAGGCGAGCGGGCGGGCGGCGCAGCCGGCGUGUCUGGGCCGCCUCGCAGGGAGGCAGGGAGGGAGGGGGCAGCCGUCCGCCCGCCCGGCGGCGACCCCCGGCCCGGCCACCACCAUGGGCUUCGAGCUGGACCGCUUCGACGGCGACGUGGACCCGGACCUGAAGUGCGCCCUGUGCCAUAAGGUCCUGGAGGACCCGCUGACCACGCCGUGCGGCCACGUCUUCUGCGCCGGCUGCGUGCUGCCCUGGGUGGUACAGGAAGGUAGCUGCCCGGCGCGCUGCCGCGGCCGCCUGUCAGCCAAGGAGCUCAACCACGUCCUGCCCCUCAAGCGCCUCAUCCUCAAGCUGGACAUCAAGUGCGCGCACGCGGCGCGCGGCUGCGGCCGGGUGGUGCAGCUGCAGCGGCUGCCCGAGCACCUCCAGCACUGCGACUUCGCGCCCGCGCGCUGCCGCCACGCAGGCUGCGGCCAGGUGCUGCUGCGGCGCGACGUGGAGGCGCACAUGCGCGACGCGUGCGACGCGCGGCCCGUGGGCCGCUGCCAGGAAGGCUGCGGGCUGCCCCUGACGCGGGGCGAGCAGCGCGCGGGCGGCCACUGCUGCGCGCGGGCCCUGAGGGCGCACAACGGCGCGUUGCAGGCCCGCCUGGGCGCGCUGCACAAGGCGCUCAAGAAGGAGGCGCUGCGCGCGGGCAAGCGCGAGAAGUCGCUGGUGGCGCAGCUGGCCGCGGCGCAGUUGGAGCUGCAGAUGACCGCGCUGCGUUACCAGAAGAAGUUCACCGAGUACAGCGCGCGCCUCGACUCGCUCAGCCGCUGCGUGGCCGCGCCGCCCGGUGGCAAGGGUGAAGAAACCAAAAGCCUGACUCUUGUGCUGCAUCGGGACUCCGGCUCCCUGGGAUUCAAUAUUAUUGGUGGCCGGCCGUGCGUGGACACCCAAGAUGGAUCAUCCAGUGAAGGAAUCUUUGUGUCCAAAAUAGUUGACAGUGGGCCUGCAGCCAAAGAAGGAGGCCUGCAAAUUCACGACAGGAUUAUUGAGGUCAAUGGCAAAGACUUAUCCCGGGCAACUCAUGACCAGGCUGUGGAAGCGUUCAAGACAGCCAAGGAGCCCAUCGUGGUACAGGUGUUGAGGCGAACGCCAAGGACCAAGAUGUUCACGCCUUCCUCCGAGUCGCAGCUGGUGGACACAGCCACGCAAACGGACAUCACCUUCGAACACAUCAUGGCUCUCACCAAGAUAUCUUCCCCAAGCCCGCCCGUGCUGGAUCCCUAUCUCCUGCCAGAGGAGCAUCCGUCCGCCCACGAGUACUACGAUCCAAACGACUACAUUGGGGACAUCCACCAGGAGAUGGACAGGGAGGAGCUGGAGCUGGAGGAAGUAGAUCUCUACCGAAUGAACAGCCAGGACAAGCUCGGCCUCACGGUGUGCUACCGGACAGACGAUGAAGAUGACAUUGGGAUUUACAUAAGUGAGAUCGAUCCCAACAGCAUCGCAGCCAAGGACGGGCGCAUUCGAGAAGGAGACCGCAUUAUUCAGAUCAAUGGGAUAGAAGUGCAGAACCGCGAAGAGGCAGUGGCCCUUCUAACCAGCGAGGAAAACAAGAACUUCUCACUGCUGAUUGCAAGGCCUGAACUCCAGCUGGAUGAGGGUUGGAUGGACGAUGACCGGAACGACUUCCUGGAUGACCUGCACAUGGACAUGCUGGAGGAGCAACACCACCAGGCCAUGCAAUUCACCGCCAGUAUGCUCCAGCAGAAGAAACAUGAGGAGGACGGCGGGACCACAGACACCGCCACCAUCCUGUCCAACCAGCACGAGAAGGACAGCGGCGUGGGGCGCACGGACGAGAGCACGCGCAACGACGAGAGCUCCGAGCAGGAGAACAACGGCGACGACGCCACGGCGGCGCCCGCCGCGGCGCUGCCAGGCCACAGGAAACUCACCUGCAGCCAGGACACCCUGGGCAGCGGCGACCUGCCCUUCAGCAACGAGUCCUUUGUGUCUGCCGACUGCACGGACGCCGACUACCUGGGGAUCCCGGUGGACGAGUGCGAGCGCUUCCGCGAGCUCCUGGAGCUCAAGUGCCGGGCGGGCGGCGCCGGGCCCUGCAGCCCCUACUACGCCGGCAGCGGCCUGGACGCCGCCAAGAGCGACCCCGAGAGCGUGGACCAGGAGCUGGCGCUGCUCAACGAGGAGCUGCGCAGCAUCGAGCUCGAGUGCCUGAGCCUGGCGCGCGCGCACCGGGCGCCGCCGCUGCGCGAGCCGGGCCGGGAGCCCUGGGCGCUGCCCCACGGCGGCCUGCGCGCCUGCACGGCGGGCGCCGACGCGCGCCGCCGCGAGCUCUCCGACAUCACCGAGCUGCCGGAGAGGUCCGACAAGGACAGCUCGAGCGCCUACAACACGGGCGAGAGCUGCCGCAGCACCCCGCUCGCCCUAGAGAUCUCGCCCGACAACUCCCUGCGGAGGGCGGUCGACGGCCUGGGCCGCCCGCGCGGUGACAGCGCCACCGAAGCCCCCGGGCCGGCCGCCAACAGCCUGCUGGCCAUCACCGAAGACCCCGAGGUCGGCUCCCCAACCUAUGGCCCCGCGGCCACAGAGCCGGGCCCCGGCCAAGCCCUGGAGGGCCACGAGCGCCGGGCGGCCGAUGGCAGCCGCAGCCCCGCGAGCAGCCCGACGCCGGGCCCCGCGCACGCGGCCUCGUGCCCGCACUCGCCCUACAAGCACGCGCACAUCCCGGCGCACGCGCGCCACUACCAGAGCUACAUGCAGCUGAUCCAGCAGAAGUCGGCCGUGGAGUACGCGCAGAGCCAGGUGAGCCUGCUGAGCGUGUGCAAGGACCUGGGCUCCGCGGGCGCGUCGGAGCCGAGAAUGCAAUGGAAGGUGAAGGUGCGCAGCGACGGCACGCGCUACAUCACCAAGCGGCCGGUGCGCGAUCGCCUGCUGCGCGAGCGCGCGCUCAAGAUCCGCGAGGAGCGCAGCGGCCUCACCACGGACGACGACGCGGCCAGCGAGCUCAAGACCGGGCGCUACUGGAGCAAGGAGGAGCGCAAGCAGCACGUGGUGCGCGCACGCGAGCAGCGGCGCCGGCGCGAGCUCAUGAUGCAGAGCCGCCUGGACUGCCUGCGCGAGCAGCACGCGGCCGACGAGCGGCGCGAGCUGAGCAUCCUGGAACUGAGCCACAAGAAGAUGAUGAAGAAGCGCAACAAGAAGAUCUUCGACAACUGGAUGACCAUCCAGGAACUGCUCACGCACGGCACCAAGUCGCCGGACGGCACGCGAGUGUACAAUGCCUUCCUGUCGGUGACGACGGUAUAAUCGGCGGCGCCUCCUUCGCGCGCGUGCAAGAGAGACCACCCCCGGUGGUGCGGAGAGAUUCCUGCCUCGUUCAAUGCGGCAAGCUCCUGUAUAUACGACAAGCGCGGCCGUCGUGUGUAUAGUCCAGACGGGCCACCCCCUCCCCAGCGCCGGGUGCCAUAGCUCUAUUUUAAGUGGAGGGGCAAAACGCCCUUUUCCUACCUGGGAGGUGGAUAUGGACAGCUUUUUGCAAAUAGCGGUUGUACUUUUUUACUUGGUACCUUUUACAUAAAAGUGUUUAAAUUUCAGAAAGAUCUUUUAUUAAGCAUACUUUCACAGAAUAAUUUGUUUAAAACUAUAUUCAUAUGAGAAAAACGCGCUUCCCCCCCCCCCCCCCCG